AUGGAUAAUGCAGGGAAAAAAUAUGUUAUAAACCCAAUUCAUUUUUUCUACCAUCCGAAGAAAGUUGAUGGUCAGGAAAUGAUCAAAGCAGGAAAAGAAUAUGUUAUAAACCCAAUUCCUUUUUUCUACCAUCCGAAGAAAGUUGAUGGUCAGAAAAUGGACAAUGCAGGAAAAGAAUAUGUCAUAAACCCAAUUCCUUUUUUCUACCAUCCGAAGAAAGUUGAUGGUCAGGAAAUGGGCAAUGCAGGAAAAGAAUAUGUUAUAAACCCAAUUCCUUUUUUCUACCAUACGAAGAAAGUUGAUGAUCAGGAAAUAGAUAAUGCAGAAAAAGAAUCUGUUAUAAACCCAAUUCCUUUUUUCUACCAUCCGAAGAAAAUUGAUGGUCAGGAAAUGGACAAUGCAGGAAAAGAAUAUGUUAUAAAUCCAAUUCCUUUUUUCUACCAUCCGAAGAAAAUUGGUUCAACUUGA